GUAUUAUAAUUAGACAGAUAGCAGAACUGCUGUCUUUGAUGCAAGAUCUUCAUAUAAUGCCAAGUACAUUUGCUCAUAUAGAUGUUACUCAAGAUGACAUUUAUAAUGUUCAGAUUUAUUUAGAAUUUCGUUUGAAAGCCACCUGGGAUUGGCUUCUAACAGUUAUGGAUGCCACUGAGGCUCAAUUGAGAUUUGGGGCCUCCUUGACACAUUCGGAAAUACAACCGGGACUGUCAUUGGGUAUAAUAUCUGAAGUACAACCUCCUUCAAAUCGAUUAUCAGGUCGUUCUCAUGGUUUUUCAAACACAAAUUCUGGAGGCACGCGGAUAAUUGGGUUUACGACAAAUUUAGAAACAAAUCGGACGAGACAAGAAAGAGAAGGUGUGGACGCUCAUUCAGCCAGAAGGGAAUUUUUAUCCUACUGUCUUUCGUUAAUGAGGGCUCAUAACAGUGAACAUUUGGAUUCUCUUCCUAUCCUUGAUGUGUCUGCAUUGAAGCAUGUAGCUUAUGUAUUUGAUGCAUUAAUCUAUUAUAUGAGAUCAGGAAAUUCUGACUCUUCUGAUAGCGAUAAUCUCAGAGAAGGAUUAGCAUUACCCUCGUGGAAUGAUCAGGAUGAAAAUGAAAAUGACGAGGGCGAAGAAGAUAUACCGGUAGCAAUGGAAACAGAAUCUUUGGAUGAUCAGGAAGUAUCUAAUUUGGCUGUCCUUUCUGGUGGCUUAGGGAAUUCCAACAAUGUAUCUUCAUUAGGAAAUUCUGGAAAGGGACGUAAACAUUCCUUUUUUCAGGUAAGGUAUAAUCUGAUAAAAUAAUUGUUACAAACGUAU